UAGAGUCCCUGGGAAGUGAGCGUUUCUGUCAGUGAGGUCACCAAGCAGGAAGAAGAAAAACCGCUUCCGUAAUUUCGCCGACGCUACCGAAACUACAAACGCCAACUUCAACAAAAGUUAGCAAGACAUUAUGGCAGGAAAAUUUCACGAACCAUCUUCGGUGACGUCGACGGCGUCUGGCGAAAGUAACGGCCCCGAGCAGACACCGUCCCCGAUGCGCCUAGUAGUCCUCGGCUGGCGCUGGCCCGGCAAGAGCUUGACGGCCAACACCAUCCUGGGCCGCGAGGAGUUCCGGUUGGAGCGCGCCGCCGAGUUUAGCGUAACGCGGCACACGGAAGUGGCGGGCCGCCCAGUGACUGUGGUGGACACACCUGGCUGGUACUCUUCACAGGACACACCGCUUUCCUACAAGAAGGAGAUUACCCAUGGCGCCACCUUGUGCCCACCGGGCCCGCAUGCCUUCCUGCUGGUCAUCCCCGUGGGCAUGUUCACAGAGGUGGACCGCGCCCGCAUUGAGGAGCACGUGGGUCUGUUCGGGGAGCGGGUGUGGCGGCAUGUCCUGGUGGUGUUCACCUGGGCAGACAUGCUGCGGAACAUUUCGCUUGAGCGUUACAUCCGCCGCGAGGGCGCCGAGCUGCAACACGUGCUGGACAAGUGCCGGCGGCGCUACGUACUGGUCAACAACUGCGUUUUCCAGGAGCGGAAGCAAGUGGCUCACUUGAUGGAGUGCGUGGACCGGAUGGUGGCUGAGGAAGGGGGCCACUUCCAGCUUGAGGAGGACUCCCAAGCGAUAGAUGAGAACCGGAACCCGACCGGGGACGCCGUGCUGCAGCCCAAAGCGGACGACAUAGGCACUUUAGCUGAAAAGGCCGGCGCACUUUCCACCGAGUGAUGCGCCCGCCUCGCUUUAGGUAUAGCUGCACCGUCGCCGACACCCCAACUGCCAGUGAACCGGAUAAGAUUAUAAAAUUGGAGAAUUGUCGUGCUAAAACAGCUUUUACAAAAAGAUAUCUUUUAAAAAAACAAAACAAAAAAACCCGAUUUAUUGCUGCAAUAUGAUUCAUUUUCUCUUGAAAAUGUAUUGGAAUACAAAAAAAAAACUGACUUGCUGUGGCGACUCCUGAUAGCACAAGUGGAAAGUCUCAACACUACAACUUUAUUGCUGAAAUUUUUUUUUCUGGAACAAAAAAAACGAUACUUCAUGAAAAAAAUCUAGUCAGUUUCAACAAACAACGUGGUCCUCAAAAACAUGCAAUUGUCAUCAUUUGAAACGUUUUCCAUUGUAAAUAAAGUUUAAACAUUCUAACUAAUAAUAUGAGGCAAAAAUGGACCAAAAAUAAUUCUAACUUUUUCCGGGGUCAAAACUUUCAAAGGAGUGAUGUGACCUACAUCCCCCAGCAGGUGGCGCAACAACUCAUGUCACAGGGACGUGUGAGAUUGUGCAAGUGUAUUUUAUGAAGUGUCCUAAAUGGCUUUUGCCUCCACUGCGAAAGACGCGUAGCACAAAAAAAAAAAUCGUGCAGAACGACUUCACAUUUGCCCUGAAUGUGUUGCUACUGUUGUUGGUUUUUCUUAAGAACUGACUAGAGAUUGCACUGGCUGACAGCUGGAGGUCAUCUCUACCCUCAAGUAUGGCGUCACUUUAUUUAUUGAUAUAUUCAUUGAUUCAUUCACCAUAUUUACUGCACAGCUGUAAACAAAAGGAAAAAAACCAAUAAAAAUAGUAAGCAUAUUUGAGGUCAAAAUCAUCCGUUACAUGAUUAGAUAGUGGGAUUAAUGAAUUAAAAUAUUUUAAUAAAAGUAUUUUCGUACGGUUGUGGUUGGCGAUAGAGUAUUUUUCAGGUAUUGACUCCAUUGACAGAAAACUAGACAAUCAAAUCAUCGAUGUGUAAUGCUGUCCCUGCUCCUGUAUUUCUGCUGUUUUGUUGUGUUCAAUGAGCAGGAAUGUCCAUUUUAGUGACCAAAUUGUCAUUUUUCUGCACUUAUAAAAGCACUCUGAGCCCUGAA